UGCCUGCGCAUCGCACAACACCGAUGCUAUAGAAGACUCUUUAGAAGUGAAGGACUUCUCCCCUGUGGAAUCCCCUGAGGUGGACAUUCGGGUGGUGGAGGACCAUGGUGGUAUCAAGCCGGAUCAGUACCAGAUUACACCACAGCUCUCAGAGCCGAAGCAACGCUAGUGCAAGAGAGGGUUCCUUUACGAGGCUAAUGUUAGCCAGUUUUCAAAUAAGUUGUAAAACUAUUAUUGCCACAAAUAUUUUUGUAGCUAUUGCAUAAAAAAUGUUGCAUCCCUGCCACCAAUGUCCUUUACCCAGGUGUGUGUGCGAGCACUACAGUAGCCCGUCUCUCUGAGAGGCUGUGUGUUGUGGGGAGGUGCCAAAGGUCACGCUACGCUACUGGAAUAUGAACAGACCACAGUCUGUCUGUAAAAACCAUUUUACCCAGUCUGACGAUGAACAUGUCCACAUUUGAUUAUGGAGUGUAAACUAUAAUACAAAUUCAUGAUGUAGAGAUGUCACAAACAUUGAGUCUAUGUCAGCACUGGUCUUGCGAGGUCCAAGACGGUUUUAAACACUAAGUGGCGUUAUGAGUCAGUGGAGUUUUGACUCCACCAGUUUCAUUUCUGAAGUUGUUACAGACAUCAGAGGUCACCUGUUUCUCACGGGGCAUCCACUAUUGAUUUGCAUCCGACCAGCGGGUGUGACAUUGAUUCUGCUGUGGUCAAACUUCACCAUCUCCCAGUCACACACUGAGGUACCAAACAUCUACUGUGGUUUUGCCUUGUUUUGUAUGAAACCACCGGCAGGGAAAGUAGCCGCCUUGCAGAGUUUUCCAUUUUCCACAUCAUUUGCCAGAGGCAGUAUGUAUAACCGGACCACUGAGGCUGAACUUAGUCUCGCAAGAGUUAGUUGGCCAAGCGUACUGUAAGUUACUGGACAUCAUGGCAUCCAAGGAUACUCCACUGAAGUGGCUCCUUCCACCAGUCACACCCACUCUGAUUGUGUUUAUUGUUCUAAUGCCAGCUCCAUGCAGUGCCAUCAAAGUGAACUGCUCUCAGCCAACCCAACCUGCCCUGCUGCAGGCGCUGACUCCCAUCUUUAACCUGAGCGCCAUUCGACCCGUCAUGAACAUGAGCACCUGCACCAACGUCAGCACCUUCUUCAUCCUGUAUGGAAUACUAGGAGUGGAUGAAAAGUCUCAACUCUUGAUGACUUACCUUUGGCUAAGUUAUUGGUGGAGGAAUGAGUUUGUCCACUGGGAUCCAAUUGAGUGCGGCACCCACAAGAUCGCUCUCCCCAAAGACAAAUUUUGGAUACCAGAUAUCGUAAUCAAUGAAUUUAUGGAUGAAAACACGGCACCUGACGUCCCGUACUUGUAUCUGCACAGCGAUGGUCGGGUGCAGGACGCUUACCCGGCCAAAGUGGUCAGCUCCUGUAACCUCAAUAUCUACACCUUCCCCUUCGACAUACAGAAUUGCACUUUGACUUUCAACUCCUACCUCCACGUGGCUCGAGACAUAAAGAUUUUCCUGGCCAGAACCGUAGAUCACAUCACAGAGCACUCCAAGAUGGUUAUGACCACAAUGGGGGAAUGGGAGCUGCUGGAUAUCACCUCCCACCAUCACAGCUUAGAUAACCCUGAUUACAUUGACGAGCUCGCAUUUCAUAUCCGAGUGAGGCGCCGGGCCACCCUGUAUGUGGUGAACCUGCUCGUCCCCAGCUGCUUCCUCAUCACGGUGGACCUGUUCAGCUUCCUGCUGCCUCCGCAGACCACCGACCGAUCCUCCUUCAAGAUGACCCUCAUCCUGGGCUACACCGUCUUCCUGCUCAUCAUGAACGACCUGCUGCCGAUCACUGGAGACACCAUACCUCUCAUAAACGUGUUCCUCUCUCUGUGCCUGGCUCUGAUGGUGGCCAGUCUGCUGGAGACCAUCCUCAUCACCAACCUGCUGUGCGGCUCCGCCAAUUUCUCUCCCGUCCCGCACUGGAUCAAAGUGCUCGUCCUGCAAAUUCUAGCCCGUCUUGUUUUCCUGCCUCAGAAGGCUAAAGAUCCAGCAGCUGUGGCCAAGUGUGAAGCUGAUGAGGAUCGUCCUCCGGAGGAGAGGGGGACCGUGGUGGAGGACAAGGCCGUGCAGGAGCUGAGGAGCCUGGGCAGGGACCUCCGGGCUCUCCGCCACCAGGCGGAGCAGCAUCUUGGUCGGAGCCAAAGCGCAGAGGAGUGGAUCCAGUGCUGCCCGCUGAAAGUCAAGCCUUCUAAGCUUCUAUUCAUCUUCGUCUUUGUGCUCAUGCAUGCUGGCUGCAGUCCCUUCAUGCUGAACUGCUCUCAACCCGACGCACCUUCCCUGCUGGAGGCUCUCAAACCCGUCUUCAAUCUGAAAUCCAUUCGGCCUGUCAUGAAUGUAUCAACCCCCACUACUGUCAACAUUUUCAUCAUCCUGUUUGGCAUUUUGGGUGUGGAUGAAAAGGCCCAGAUCUUGACAACUUUUAUCUGGCAACAAUUAGAUUGGAGGAAUGAGUUUAUCUUGUGGGACCCAGAACAGUGUGGUUCCCAGUGGAUUACAAUUCCAAGAAAACUGCUCUGGGUGCCUGAUGUGGUCAUCAACGAGUUUAUGGAGAAGAACUCCGCUCCAUUCGCCCCAUACAACUACGUAUAUUUUAACGGCUCGGUUGUCGAUGCGCAGCCUGUCAGAGUGAUCAGCUCCUGCAGGCUGGACAUCUACCUGUUUCCAUUUGACGUCCAGAACUGCAGUUUGAGCUUCAACUCCUACUUAUACCGUAAGUAUGAACUACAGAUUGACCUUCUAUCAUCUGCGGAGGAUAUGUUUGACUUCUCUAAAGAAGUGAUGGCCACUAUGGGCGAGUGGGAACUGAUUGGAAUCACCGUGAAGAAAUUUGAUCUUACAGGUCAGGAUGAAGAAACGUAUCAGGAGAUUCGUUUCUAUAUCUCACUGAGGCGCCGGGCCACCCUGUAUGUGGUGAACCUGCUCGUCCCCAGCUGCUCCCUCAUCACGGUGGACCUGUUCAGCUUCCUGCUGCCUCCGCAGACCACCGACCGAUCCUCCUUCAAGAUGACCCUCAUCCUGGGCUACACCGUCUUCCUGCUCAUCAUGAACGACCUGCUGCCGAUCACUGGAGACACCAUACCUCUCAUGAAUGUGUUCCUGUCUCUGUGCCUGGCUCUGAUGGUGGCCAGUCUCCUGGAGACUAUUCUCAUCACCAACCUGCUGCGCGGCUCCGCUCAUUCCUCUCCAGUUCCUCACUGGAUCAGAGGUUUUGUUCUUCAUGUCCUCGGCCGACUGGUGCAGCUCCCUCCGAAGUCCAGAGAUCUGCAAGACGUCACGGUCCUCCGAAAUCCUGCAGCAUAUGAAAUGAAAGUCACCCAUCCGGUGGAAGGGUACGUCGAGGCUCCGGAGCAGAAUGGACCACUGAAUGAGACCAAGGCCCUGGAAGAGCUGAGGAGCCUGGGCAAGGAGCUCCAGGCUCUCCGCCUGCAGGUGGAGCAGCAGCAGCUGGGCGGGAACCAGAGCGCGGAGGAGUGGGUCCAGGUAGGGUUGAUCAUCGACCGCCUGCUGUGCGGCAUCUACAUCCUCUUCAUAUCCGUCAGCUUCAUUACCAUCAUCGCUAUCUGGGCGCAGUCAUACAACACCGUCUGAUUGUGCUUUCUGAGUUAGUUUUCUUCCAUAUUUUUGGAUGAAGAGUCAUAUUCCUUGUUUUUAAGCACGCAGAGAAAAGAGUUGUUUAAAUUCUUUCUUUUGAUUGUUAAAAUGAUCUUUUUGUACAGUCACUGUUUUACAGGCACUAAGGCUCUGAAACCAAUAUCUGAAAGGUUUUGUUUCCCAAAAGUAUCGUAGGGCAAAGAAGAAGACUGUGAACUCCUCCUUGAUCUGCACAACAGAUCUUAGUUUCUAUCAUUAUCAUUCUCAAAAGUGACGUUUUGCUGUUCGUAUAUUUUCAGGCUCCAUAUCUUCUCUUCUCUAUUUAUUCACAGUGCUGAUCUUCUUUAACACAUUCUUAAAGGUCUUAUACAGAAAUUAUGACAUAAUGACAUCCACGAUGGAUGAUGUGCAUUCAUGAAAUAUUAAUAUUCAUGAAACUUAGACAUAAAGUUCCUCCUUUGUAUUCAUUGUUCAAUACAGGUAAAGUGUGUCUGCCAUUGUAGAUGAAUA